AUGGACCUCUCUCUGUCCAACUGCAGCAUGACACCGCAGUGCUUCUCCUCAAGCUCUGACUCCGAGUUCUACAGCCAGUCGUCCCCAGAGACCGUGACUCCAUCCUGCUCUUUGGAGUUCAACUUCUUCCCAGUGCACUUCCCCACCAGCUCUGCCAGAUACAUAGACAAGACUCAGCAUGUUUGCCCAGCAGAGACUUCUGCUGCUGCACCUUCGUGUGAGCAACGUGUUCCUCCCAGUGGGAAGUUCAAGAAGACUUGGUCCAAGAACCCCAGUAAGCAGCGGCAAAACGCCAGCGAGAAGGAGAAGUUGAGGAUGAGAGAUCUGACCAAAGCUCUUCACCACCUUCGAAGCUACCUUCCGCCAUCUGUGGCCCCACCUGGACAAACCCUGACCAAGAUUGAGACCCUGCGCCUGACCAUCCACUAUAUUGCCCACCUGUCAGCACAGCUGGGACUAGGCGAGGAGGACUUCAUGAACAGGAAGGAACCAGUUGCUCAAGGACACAAGGCCUUCCCAUGCCAUGAGGAGUUCAGUCACUCUGGCUUCAUGGCAGGUCAGUGGGAGCAAGUACAGGGGCACCAAACAGGACUGUAUGAGAACACACCCUCAUCAGCCUGCUCUGCAGGGGGUGCUGCCAUGGGAUGCAGCCAGCUCAGCAGCUCUCUUGGCAUAUCUGAACAGGAGGACCUCUUAAAUUCCAGCUCAGAUUCACUGCUGGCAUCACCACACCACACAGACACUGCAAACUCCAGUCAGGUAAAUGGUGAGAUAUAUAUUUCUUGA